AUGGCUGAUGCCUGGCAAGUGGGAAGGCCACUGAAGCCAGAUGACAGAAAGGAGAUCCAGCCGAUGGCUGAUGCCUGGCAAGUGGGAAGGCCACUAGAGCCAGACGACGAAACAGAGUUACAGUCCCUAGGGACUGAAGCGCAAGCUUCUAUGAGGCUAAAUGCCCUUGGGAAUGAGUUGAACUUCUACGACGGAAAGGUUCAACGAGCGGCGUCGAAGAGUAGCGCGGCAGUGAGGAUGCUCCUGGAUUGUGGAGCAAGCCACACCUUUGUAUCACUCGCCGUAGCUAAGAGAAUCGGUGGCCGAUGGGAUAGAGAUAAAUCCCUGCCCGUGGCCCUGCCAAAUGGAGAGCGACUGUACACAAACGGGAGCAUGUUUGUGGACCUCCAUAUUGGCAAGUGGAGCGGAGCAAAGAAAGUUUGGGCGAUAGAUAUCGCCGGCUACGAUGUGAUCCUCGGCGAUGACUUCCUAAGGGAGCAUAGCCGUGGGCAGCCUUAA